AACGGGAAAGACAUGGGACCACACGGCUGUCAGCUGAUCUUGAGUGUGAUUUAAGGCUCUCGGAAGACAGCGAGGAUGAAGGCCUCAAGACGUCAGUUUCAAGAGCAUCAAGAGCUACUGCAAGUCCAACUAUAAGCCUUGAACACUCAGCACCGCUGAUACCAACAAUGACACCGCUUCCAGCACCUUUGGCGCCGAUGUCGCCUAUGGCGUUAUCGCCCCUGGCAACUUUGUCACCUCCGAGACCAAUGAGUCCACUGAGAACGCCGCCUAAGCUAACGUCAUCCGAGCGAUUAUUAUCGCCGCCAUCUGGCUCCUCGAGAAAAGGUUCCCCGUUGCUGCCGUUGAGGCCUCCUAGUCCUCCUGGUCAGGCUCCGCUCAGCUCUGGAAGCGCAAGCUCCAGCUCGGACUCCGGGUCUGACACUGGUACUGAUGACAGCAGUGAUUCUGAGGACGAAAAUGCUCCUCCGCCAUCAAAAGGCCCUUCUACGCCGCCUUCAAUGUCUCCAAAAGCCCCGGUAGAAGAGCCGCCGCCUGCUGAAGAGUCCAAACCUCGGUGGAAUCUCAGCAGUUUCUUUACCAAGUCUGCUGUGCAGACUGGUGAUAAUAAUUCUGAAAAUAAAACUGCUCAGAAUGACGCAGCUCGUCGGGAUAGUUCACCUGAGGAAGCAUCUCUGGAUAUGCGAAUAAGACGCUCGGAUGGAAGUCACCAUAAUAGCGACUGGCAGCUUGACGAGGCAUCAAAAAGAACCAAAAACUCGACAAUGCUGACAGUUCUGAGUGACGGUGAUCAAAAUUCUGAGCCUGAGAAGAAGAAAAAAGAAGAAUUGAGAUCUCAAGUUCAAGAUAAUAAACCAAAAGCUCCAGACGUGAGAAAACCUCGCGGACGACCUCGUAAAACGGCUAAAGAAACGGUUAAAAGCCCGAGAAGCCACAGAAUGUCGUCCGAGGAAUCAAAACCCAGUUCUAAGCGCAGUAAACCUCGCAGUGCAGGCAGUCCCAAGAAGAAAACUCCCGCGUUACCGAUACCGAUCCCUCGGCUUCCGAUGGACAACAGCGACGAGUUGAGCGACUCGAGAUCACGGGACAGGUCCAGUGACUCGGAGUGCGAGCAGCGAAUCCCCCCGGCCGCUUCUUCGACAAUCCCAGUGGACAAACGAAGACCGCGGCUGAGCAUCUCUUCAAGUGAAGAUGAGAAAACUACGAGUAAGCUCAGUGCUUCGGAAGAUGAUGCGAGAUGGAGAAGACUUUCGUCUAAACGCAACAAGCUUUCCGAUGAUUCUUCAUCUAAGAAGCAAGACAAGAAGAAGAGUCCCAGCAAAGUAAAACCCCAACGGCCUAGGUCGAGGAUAACAAACAGCAACUCGGGUUGUGCUUCUGACUCCGACAGUGAGUUAGAGACAACACUGAGAAAUAAUCGGGUCCAGCCGGUCGCGAGAGUACCCCCGAGACCCAGAGCGCCGCUUACAAGAGUCACCUCGCCUGAUAAUUCCGACAGUGACAACAGUCCAACGCCGAAAUUGCAAGAGGAGGACGCUGGUAAUGUCCAGGAUAAGAAAAAGAGUGAUACACUUAGAAAAUUGUUUUCAAGUGCCAAGGGCGGUGCAAAGGGUGGCGGCAAAGGUGGCAAGGGUGGAAAGGGUGGUGGUAAAUGUGGAAUUUACGUGGAAGAGUACACUGCGAGUACGCCGACCGGUGGCGAAAGCCCGUACAAAAGACCGUCGUCGCAAUCCUCCACCUUGCCAAGCUUCCCACCUUUGAGUUACGGAGUCAACGGGGUCCCUUCGCUUUUUUGUAAGGUCGAUCUCAGUCGGCUUUCUCACGUUCCAAGGCCAUCGCGAGGCCAGGAGUUGAGACAGAGGACUGAAUUAUCAGACACUAGGCCGGCUUCAAGACAAUCCGUUAAAUCCGAGCGACCUCCUACACCAGAAGAGGGUGAAAUCAUUGAUACCCCCACUCCACCUCCUUCCAUUGAUUUUAGGACACACGAUAAUCACCAUCACGUAACGACUGAUCAACCGCCUCCUGGCUUAUCCAAAAGUAAACGUACUGAGAGUAAGAGUGAUUUAGUUAGUUUAACUGGGGCGGACUCUAAAAGUAAUCGUGCGAUACCUAGUGGCAGUGGAGUUAACAGUGGUCCUACGAACUCUGGUACCGGUGCUAGUGCUAAUGUUAUUGAUAAUAAUACUGGGAAUCGAGUGCCCAAACGUAAACGUAAUGCUAGUUGCAGUUCUGUAUCUAGUUUAAAUAUGUGUUCAAUGGAUAGUAAUAGUAAGGUCAAAUCAUCUACCAGUGAACACAAAGAAAAGAAAAAGAGAAAACGACAUCACGCUGACAAAGAAUCCAAUUCUUCGAGAUCAUCUUCCCGACAACAAAAUGAUAUUCAACCUACAAAUCACGAACGGGAAGAAAAACCAGACAUUAAUCUGUUGCCCCCACCGGCAGCAGUUCCACCUCAACGUGUCUACUAUUCUUACUUCAAUCCUCAAAAUGACGUUUUAGAGGACCAGGAUAGGGACCAGAAUCAGUACCUGACAGAAGCUAAAAGAUUAAAACACAGCGCAGAUGAGGAAUGUGAGUUGACGGCGCAAUGCAUGCUGUACUUGGAGGCAGUAUUGUAUUUCCUUCUCACAGGGCAGGCCAUGGAGUCCGAUCCACUCACCGAAAGAUCCGCUUUUACUAUGUACAGAGAUACUCUUAGUCUUAUAAAGUAUAUCUCAUCUAAGUUCAAGAGCCAACAGAACAAUUCACCUGAGAGUAGUAUCCGUAACAAGUUGGCUAUCUUGAGUUUAUGGUGCCAGUCUCUUAUUUUUUUAAAACUCUACAAAAUGAGGCAACACGAAGUUAAAGAAAAUGCUAAAAUUCUCGCUGAAUAUACUCAAAAACCUACGCAGCCGACGUUGGUGCACGCUGAGGGUCAAGGAACUCCUUCGCUGUCUCCAACACCAUCCCCGGCAGGCUCCGUUGGAUCUGUAGGUAGCCAAAGUUCUGGAUAUAAUAGCGGAGAACUUAACAGAAAUAUUGUCUCGCAGCAACAACCAUCAUUUGUCAGCAUUCCUCUUCCAAUUCACUCCAUUUUGAUAAAACAGAAUUCACAUUUCAUGUUGUUAACGAGUUGUCACGAUUUAUGGGAUCAAGCAGCCCAGUUAGUUUCGGACAUGCAUCGAGAUUUCUUUAUCGAGCUGGACGAAAAACUUGGUCCGCUGACAUUAAGAAGUUCAUUGCGGGACUUGGUGCGUUAUGUACAAGCUGGAAUUAAGAAGUUGCGAGCUCUCUGACCCCAGUGGCAAAGUCCCAGGCCGCCCACUCCCAAUUACAUAACGGCACUUCCUCACAAUAUGGCAACAUAUCCAACAAUGUUUACGUAGCUAUCACGAGGAAUAAUUCGCUGUAAUGGCAAUAAUUGAUAAAUUUUAUUACAAUUUUUUUUUUUUUUCGUAAAGACUUCUUGGGUGGCGGCAGCGGGGACGGUUUGAUAGUUUGUUAUUUAAAGAAAAUGUAUGUAUGGAUGUGGAGGAUUAUCAACCCGAGUUAUCACAUGAGAUUACACUAAUCAGCAAGUCAAUAAGAUUUGCACUAAUACGGGAUUUAUAUUUAUGAAUUAAAGUCCCAAUUACAAUAGACUGCGAUUAGGUGUGAGUUGUAAAAAAAAGAAGGAAAAUAAUGAUAUUAACUCUCUCAUUAAUAUUCUUCCUUUUUUCUGCUUUUGUAUAAAUUCGCGUAGAUACAAUUGUACUUGAUGUGAGACUAGUGGUGCUGCGAAGAGGCCAGUAUCCUUGUAUAUUGCGUCAGGAGCUUCCUCUUCAGCGAUUAAGUACGCGUUCAUGCGUACACUUAUAGAGACAAUUAAUACGAUGACGUACAUAGGCGAAUCCAAUGCGCGCAGGUUUAUUAUCUGUACUGAAACAAAACUAAAACAAUGAUCAUAAUAAUAAUAAUGAUAACGCCACCGGAGAUUUAUCGUUGUAUACCGCUAUAUAAAUAUAUAUAUAUAUAUAUAUAAAAUAAAAUUUUGUAGAUAAGCAGCAAUUAUACUGUUAGAUUAGUUUAUUAGUAUGCAAUGAAAAAAAAAAAAAGGAAAAAUAAAAAAAAUCAAUACAUAUUCUUUACAUAAAUAAUAAUGUAGUUAGUACUAUAUGGGAAUAAAAUUAGUGGUACAUAAUAGUUGUCUUAAUAGGAUGAGAAAAAGUCGAUCGAUGGUAUGAUAUGAAUGAAUAAUAAUAAUAAUAAUAAUAAUAAUAAUAAUAAUAAUAAUAAUAAUAAUCAUUAAAUGGAUACCAAGUUUGUAGAUUUAAAUGUGACUGAGAGAAUCGAGACAGAAAGAAUAAAUAAAAUAAUAAUAUACGUGAAAACAAUUUAAUAAAUAAUAAUAAUAAUAAUAAUAAUAAUAAUAAUAAUAAUAACAAGGAGUGAGUUGCUCAUGUAUAUAUUUUUGUAAAUAAGUAUUGUGAGUGCCGCUGCCUUGAGGAGAGGACUUUGAUAUCCUUGACGUUUUGAUACGACCAGGAAUAGUUCUCAUCCUACCCAAUUUUUGCUACCAUGUCUAUCGAUGAUAAUAUAUAAUAAUAUUGAAUAAAAAAAAAUAUAUAUAUAUAUAUAUAUAAAUAUAUAAAUAAAUAUAAAUAUAAAUAUUAUUGCUAGUGAUCAUAUUUCACUCUACGUUUUUAUUUGUCUUACAUAUAUUAUAAAUUCACGUUCUCUCAGUCACGCGCCUCAAAUUUAUUUCAAACUCUUUUCGUUGCUUUUUAGUCACUUUUUCAACUUCAAAUUAAUAUUAUACACUAAAUAUAGUAACUAAAUAUAAUAAAUAAAAAUUAUAAAGUGAGCAAAAAAAAAGUUAAGAUUUAACAGAAAAAAAAAAUAAAUUUUGUGAUACAAAUGAAUUUCGGAUAAUACGGAAUUGGCAGGUUACAUGCAAGGCCUUGAGACAUCUAAUUACGUCGCGAAUGCGUACUUAUGCUUUUAAAUGGAUAAAUAAUGGAUAUAUGUCUAUUUUUUCUCUUAAGCGCUCUUCAAUAGGGUCAUGAAUGUAAAAUAUCCGAGUGAAUUAUAUCACCAGCAGCGCUACCGGGUCCAUGGCUUAAAAGAGCGAUUCAGGAGCCUGAUUUUCUUCGGAAGACAUGGCUAGCAAUCGACUCGGCCUGGUAAACCGGUAGGCUAUCAAGUUGGGAGUACCUGCGUUUAUUAUACUCUUCGGGAGAUGAUCAGGUACUAUCAAAUAUAGUUUUUUACGCGUAUCCGAAACAAAAAGUAAUAAAUAUAUUUGGAAAUAUCCCAGCAGCUUUUUGAUAGAAUAUUUGAUUAAAAAAAAAAAAAAAAAACAAAUAAAUAAACAAACAAACAAACUAUGAAAAUUAAAGCAUAGAAAAUGAUAAUAGAUAUAUAUAAAUAUAUAUAAUAAUAAUAAUAUUUUUAUUUAGUGUUAUAUUUUUUAUUUAAAUAAUUAAAAGUCGACUAAUAGCCGAGACCCGAUACGAUAAAUUUCAUUGGCAAUUGUUAAUAAAUUGACAAGAAAGUAUAAGUUUUAAUAAAAAAAUAUAAAACCAACAAUACUACGAGGGCGUGGCUGAGAUAAAGAGAGUUAUAUUUAAAAUUAAAAACGUAAUGAGUAUAAAUUGAACAAUUUGUAAAUGAUAUUUAAUCAAGAGUAGCAGUUUUAUUUUUAUUUAUGAGAACACGGAGUGGAGUAAUCCCCGGUAACAACUAUUCAUUUUCUUUUAUUACUGCUUUUUGUUUUAACAAGCUUUUUACCCAAUAUUAUUAUUAUUAUUAUUAUUAUUAUUAUUAUUAUUAUUUCUAUUAAUAUUAUUAUUGCUAUGAAUAUAAUUAUUACAGUUUAUUUUAUUAUAUACGAUAUAAAUAUAUAUAUUCUUUAAAGAAAAAGUUAUUUUUGAUCAAAGUAUCAUUGGAGCUAGAACAAUUAAUUAUUUUUUACAUUUGCUCCAAAAAUCCUUGUAAAAUUAUAAAAAAAAAAGUGAGAAAUGAUGGUGUCUGGCUAAUUUAUAAUCUGGUGCUCGUAUUAUUUCGUUUUCUUCCUUU